GGGAAAGGGACGGAAGCCCAGUGAGCCAUACUUAAUUUGCUAAGCAAGUUCCAGAGACGGUGGUGGCGUGAAGCAGAGAAACGAGCCUGGGAAGGGACGCCAGGUGCUGGUGAGGCCGGACGGAAACCCCUCGAGCCAAAACCAUGGCAGCGUGCAAAGCUCGGAAGCACCAGCCACUGGAGGCGGAAGCUGGGCUGGAGGAGGAGGAAGGUUAUGGCGCGCGGGGCACUGUGGGACACUGUGUGGGCCACGCGGGGCGCGACGGAAGCCUCGUUGGGUCAGACCGUGGCGACGCGGGAAGUCCGGACGCUGUAGCUGCCUGAAAAGGAGGUCCGAGGCCUGGGCCCCGGCCGCGGCAAUGGCGGAGAGGCCCGAGGACCUAAACCUGCCCAAUGCCGUCAUCACCAGGAUCAUCAAGGAGGCGCUCCCGGACGGUGUCAGCAUCUCCAAGGAGGCCCGGAGCGCCAUCUCCCGCGCCGCCAGCGUCUUCGUGCUGUACGCCACAUCCUGUGCCAACAACUUCGCGAUGAAAGGGAAACGCAAGACACUGAAUGCCAGCGAUGUGCUCUCCGCCAUGGAGGAGAUGGAGUUUCAGCGGUUCGUGACCCCGUUAAAAGAAGCUCUGGAAGCUUACAGGAGGGAGCAAAAAGGCAAGAAGGAAGCUUCAGAGCAAAAGAAGAAGGACAAAGACAAAAAAACAGAUUCAGAAGAGCAAGACAAGAGCAGGGAUGAGGACAACGAUGAAGAUGAGGAGAGGCUGGAGGAAGAAGAACAGAAUGAAGAGGAGGAAGUGGACAACUGAGAGGAUGGGGAGACGCAGCUCGGAAGGUACCACUCUGAAACGCCGUACACGUUUGUGUGAAGCAUUUUCAUGCUGGGCAGAGUAGUCUUAGGCAGAAGAUCGAAAUAAAAACUGAAUUAUCAUCAGAAUUAUCAUCAAAACCAGCGCUUCCCAGACUCGGAGCAUCUGAGUAGCGGAAUCCUGUUUUGCUUAAUCAGUCUCAAGGUUAUGACUUUUUGGCAAGAGAGAUUCUGAAGAGCUAAUUUAAUUGGUCAAUUUGAUCUCUCUUGUUUACUUACACGUAUAGUUAGGCAGUUGUUGAUCCCCAGUUCCCUCCCCGCCCCCCAAAAAAGUAAUAAUAACUUUCAUGCUGCCGACUGUGUUCCAGAUCACAGAGGCAGCCAAGGCUCAGGAAAAAUUGGGGUUUGAUCAUGGUCAGCCUAUCUGAUUGUACAGGAUUUGGCAAUACUAGCUUAUUUCAGGUGAUCAGAAUGGCUUAGCUUUAGGAAAUUACUAUAAGGGUUCAAGAGAACAAUGAAAUCUUUUCUAUUGUUUCCUCACUUGACAGUAACAUUAACUGAAUUUUGGUUUCUACAGACUCAGUUGGCUUGGACCCCUUCUAUAUUGCCUAUAGGCAUGUUACCUGCUUGGGUGGCUAUGUUCUCGGCACAUAACGCUUUUAAAUCAACAGAGUAGAAUUAGUCAAGUAAGGUUGCCAGCGUCUUACUCUUGUAAAACAGAUGGUUUAGUCUUAAAUGCACCUCACUGCCUGCGACUGUACAGCUUCAGGAUUUGUUGUCACCUCCUGGAAGGUAUAAAAUUCCAGGCUUUCUCUUCUUGUAGUCCAUCUCCUAGACUUGUGACUUGGCUUUUCAUUAUUCCAAUUCAUGACAAGUUCCAGACUUUAUUUCUUCUAGGCACAACUUUCUCCCUCUGUGCUUCUCACCUCCUGUCUCUGUUCUGCCUCUCCUCUGCUCCCCAUUCCCACUUUCUCUGUCCCUCUUUUUCACACUUCUCCCAAUCCAGGAACUUGGAUGACCUGCUUAAUAUCCCAAAGUGUGGUUUCGUCUGAUUCCCUAGUUCUAAUCUCAUGUCUUUUAAAAAUGAUUUUGUAAACCUCUCUGAACCAUAAGGGAAAUCUGAUGGUGCUCAGGAAUCUAAUUCCUCCCCUAAGCCAUCCCCUUUAACUGCUUCUGAAGUAUCUCUGUUGACCUUUCCUAGUUUUCUUCUCUUUCCAUUUGGUGCUUCGAGCACUUUUUUGUUCGUCUCUAAGUUGAGUGCUUGGAGGUUGAAAGGUAGUGAAAUGUAGUGUGACACUGUUAAUUUGUUAAAUGAAUACAGUGGAAAGUUUGUUGAUAAAUGAGUGAAGAAUAUUGAGAAAAUUAUAAUGCUUUGUAUAAAUAAAAAUUCUUGUUAAAAGUGAUGACUCCUCUUUAAUCCUUCUUGUUUGUAAGUUUGCUUUUGGGGAGGACCACUGAUCAUGCUCUGUACAGUUCUUGGGGUGUGGACUGAGCCAGACCCUUAUAAAUAUGGGAUCCUGCAUCACCUUGGAUGACCAGCAGAUGCUGCUCAUUAACAAGCAGGGGCGCUGCUGCUCUUCAACCACAGUGAGAGCUUCCCAUGGCUCUGCUGGUCAUAUACAUGGUAGAUGCUCAACAACUCCAAACAUUUAUUGAGUCCCUGCUGUGUUCCUGGCACUGUUUUAAAUGCUUUCAAGUAUUAACUCUUAAAUCCUAUGAAGGAACACCACUGAUAUCUCCAUGAUUUCAGCUAUGACACUGUAUUACCCCUAGAUUACGUAACUGUUUCCAAUCAUAAUUCACAGAUAGAUACACAAGCCCAACGCUCAUUAGGUCCAGUGGCUUUUUCCUUCUCCACAGCAGAAACAUCGCUUCUUUUUUUUUUCCUGUCUCUCACAUUUAUAUUUGUAUGAAAGACAAAGCUAUUUAAUAUAUUUCUUAUUUCUCCCUUGAAAUUUAUAUCGAUGCUAUUUCUACAAGUUCGUUACAAUGUCACAGUAUAUGUCUCUGGGAAAACAGCAUACACUGAGUCCUUCAUAGUUGGUUAUUGUACAAAUGAUUUUUUUUUUAAAUACACUGAACUUCAGUUUUUUCAUCUCUAAAUUGGCAGUAUUAAUACCUACCUUAAAAGGAGAAUUUUGAAAGAUAACAGAAGACUUUUAGCACAGUGGCAUGUACACAGCAAGGCCUUGUUUUUAUUUUUGUUUUUCUCUUCCAUACGUAUUUUCAUUUCCCUUUGAAUUAACAGAGCAGCUUCAGAAUAGGAAAGAAAUCAUUUUUAUAAUCUUGUCGAAGAUAAUCUGUUUUCUUUCAUAAUAGUAGCCUAAGGAGAAUGUAAAGUCUGGAUACAUACACAGCAUAACAUUUGUACUCUGUGUGAUAAAGACUAAUCUUUGUGGCUUCUACUAGACAUAGGCACUGUUACCAAGUAUUUGAUUGCUUUUGGAGCAGAAGAAUAUUAUUUAAGGAUUACCAAAAUAGUUCAAGUUUAACUUCAGUUUGCUCAUUCUAUAUUAAUAUAUUCAUUUCUAAUUGUGUAAUUUUUUUAAUUUACGUAAUAUUGAUUUAUAACAUAGGUUUCUUGUGUACAACAUUCUGUUUCUACUUCUGUAUAUUCUACAACAUGCUACCCACCAAAAUUUUAUUUUCCAUUCAUCACCAUACUGUUGAUUCCCUUUACCCAUUUUUCCCUCCUCCUUGCCCCUCCCCCUCUGGUAACUGCUGCUCAGUUCUCUGUAGGUUUGGUUUGGUUUGUUAAUUUAGUUGGGGUUUUGUUUUAGUUUUUUAUGUUGCACAUAUGAGUGAAAUCAUACGGUAUUCUCCACAGGACUUAUUUCACUUAGCAUAAUAACCUCAAGGUCCAUUCAUGUUGUCACAAAUGGCAGGGUUUCAUCUUUUUUAUGGCUGAAUAGUAUUCCAUUAUAUAUAUACACCACAUCUUCAUUAUCCAUUCGUUGGUGGGCACUUAGGUUGUUUCCAUAUCUUGGCUAUUGUAAAGAAUGCUGUGCCACGAUGAACAUAGGGGCGUAUAUCUAGAAAUAUAUUGGUUUUUCUUUUUUGGCCGUGCUGCACAGCAUGUGGGAUCUCAGUUGAACCUGAGCCCCCUUCAGUGGUAGCAUGGAGUCUUAACCACUGGAUGACUAGGGAAGUCCCUAGAAAUAUGUCGUUUCUUUUUUUUUCUUUUUUUAACAUACCGUUUCUUAAUUCCCAUGAGCACCACACAGCCAAGCCCUCAAGUCCCAUCUGGACUUCUGUGGCUUCCUUUGAGCUCAGUUUCCUGCCUCAUCUCUGCUUCCCUUAGCUUCCUCUGUGUACUGCUUGCCAAGUGGAUCUUCCUGGAACAUUGCUAUGUUGCAGUCCCUCACUGCUUUCUGUUAGGUCAAAUCCAUACCUAGGCCUGUUGUUAUUCAAAGCCUGCUUAAGGUGGGCUCACCUGACCUUCUGUAACAUGUUUCUACCCCAACAUAAGGCUCCAGUCAAGAAUGAAUCCCCCAAAGAACUCUUCCACACAACCUUAGUUCUUACCAAACUAUGACUACCUAAGAAAAACCAUGUUUCCUGCGAGUGGGGACUAUAACUUAAAACUAUAGAAUUCAAGGACUGGGAAGAAUCUUUGAGGUCAUCCGCCAGUUUUUCCCAACCACACCUCUCUCAAUCCUGUAGUGGUAUCCGGAUUUUGAAGUUUCCUUACUAGGCCAAGGUAAUGUUUCUCCUCUGUUUUUAACCACAGCCCUUCAUGCUUAGAGAUUCUGAUUUGGAUUUGGAGAGUGGGAGGAUUACUAUCCUUACCCAUGCAAAAUUACAAAAAAAUCUCCUGUUUUCACAGAUGGGAAAUUGAGGCUCAUCAGAGAGAAGUGACUUACCACUAAUUUAUAAAAGUUGGGAUUCCGUUCCAGUGGUCCACUGCCUUGCUUCUAUUUUUUUGUUAACUAAACUUUAUUUUUGAACAAUUUUAGAUUUACAGAAAAGUAGCAGAGUAUAACCAUCACCCAAUUUGCCCUCAUGUUAAUCUUACAUAACCAUGGUACAUUUGUCAAAGCUAAGAAAAAACCCAUAUUGAAUUUGGUUAACCAAUUUCCUUUUUUGAUUGAGAUAAAAUUCACAGAACAUAAAAUUAACCUUUUUUUUAAUAAAGUUAUUUAUUUAUUUUUGGCUGCAUUGGGUCUUCGUUGCUGCGUGCAGGCUUUCUCUAGUUGUGGUGAGCGGGGGCUACUAUUCGUUGUGGUGCGCGGGCUUCUCAUUGUGAUGGCUUCCCUUGUUGCGGAGCACGGGCUCUAGGCACGCGGGCUCAGUAGUUGUGGCUCGUAAGCUCUAGAGUGCAGGCUCAGUACUUGUGGCGCAUGGGCUUAGUUGGUCCGCGGCAUGUGGGAUCUUCCCGGACCAGGGGUCGAACCCGUGUCCCCUGCAUUGGCAGGCAGAUUCUUAACCACUGCACCAAUGGGGAAGCCCAAAAUUAACCAUUUUAAAACGAGCAACUCGGUGGCAUUUAGCACAUUCACAGCCACCACGUCUAUCUAGUUCCAAAACAUGUUCAUCACCCCAAAAUAAAACCUCAUACCAGUCAAGCAGUUAUUCCCCAUGCUUCCCUCCCCUUGCCCCUGGCUGUCGGGAGCCAUAUAGGAAGUGCCUUUGAGUCUCAGCACGGACGAGACCCGUCACAGCACGGACGAGACCCAUAGUGUCAAGCAAAGCUGGUGCUGUCAGGUACAAAUAUGGAGAAGCAAAGCUCUCCUCUGCAAAGCUGGUGCUGUCAGGCAUAAAUAUGGAGAAGCAAAGCUCUCCUCUGCAAAGCUGGUGCUGUCAGGCAUAAAUAUGGAGAAGCAAAGCUCUCCUCUGCAAAGCUGGUGCUGUCAGGCAUAAAUAUGGAGAAGCAAAGCUCUCCUCUGCAAAGCUGGUGCUGUCAGGCAUAAAUAUGGAGAAGCAAAGCUCUCCUCUGUGUGGUUCCCCUUGUUUUCCCCGGCCUUUGCCUAAGGUGAUUCUUAAAGGAUUGCUAUUGGUGUUGGGAAAUAUGUAUAGUUUUAAUGCAGGGGUUUAGGAAAGACCCCAAUUUAGGGUAAAAACUAAGAGAAGGAUUAUGGCUACUCCGGCUCCUGUAAUGAUUAUAUUUGAAAAUUUUUAUUCCCGGGCCAGGGCAUUGGACUUGGGGAGAUACAAUGGUGGGAACAUUUCUGCAGCAGCUUUUUAUUUUAAAAGAAAAAUUGCAAGAGUUAUGGCCUCUCAGUGGAGUUAUAAACAUGUUGGGAAAUACCUGGGUAUGGUGGCGAGGUUUUAUGCAACGGUGGGUUUAAUCAAUGAGUUUAUGGUACAAUGCCCGCUCCCAUGGUCUCCUAGAAGUAUAAAAAAUAAUGUACAUUGUUUGGAUUAUAAUGAUAGGGUUAGAAAAUCUGUGGAUGAAAUGUUGUAUUUUUGCUUUUAAUUGUUAAUAGAAUUAUUUGCUUAAGUUUAUAGCUUGAUUGAGCAGAAUGUGCAGGUACAAGAACACCUUAAUUUUUUGAGAAGAAUGAAGAAACCGUAAACAGAGUUCCUGACCUAGAUGUGACCAAGAUGUACCUAACCACAAGGGAUGAAAGAGACCGGAGGCAAUAAGAAGAUUACUUAAUUUGUUUAACCUGCUGAUGUAAAUUACUUUUGUUUUAUGGUUUAUGUAAAGGAUUUUUUGGCAUGGGAAUCAUGGGAAUGAGGUUGUUAAGAUUGAAAAUGAGAUUAUGUUAUAGUAUAAAUGCUUUGGAAUCAUGAAAAAUAAAUUUGUCAGA